ACUGCCCCUCACUCCAUUAGUGCCACCUCUCUCUCUCUCUCUCUCUCUCUCUCUCUCGCUCUGUCUUCCUCCUGUUCGGCGGCCGGCAGGAAUGGGCAUGGGGCCUUCCUCCCCUCAGCCAUGGCAGCAUCACCGCUUCUGCUGCGCCCUCCUCGUCCUCGUUCUUUUCGUCUUCCUCUGGGGUACUUCUCAGGCAAAUGAAGAACUUGCCGCGUUGCCACCAAGAGGUUGGAACUCAUAUGACUCUUUUUCAUGGACUGUGGAUGAAAUUUCAUACCUGCAAAAUGCACAGAUCUUGGCAGAGAAGUUACUCCCACAUGGAUACCAGUAUGCAGUUAUUGAUUUCCUCUGGUACCGGAAGUAUGUUGAUGGGGCACACACAGAUUCAUAUGGAUUUGAUAACAUCGAUGAAUGGGGACGACCAUUUCCGGACCUUCAAAGGUUUCCAUCAUCUAGAGUUGACAGAGGGUUUAGUCAGAUUGCCAGUAAGGUCCAUGCAAUGGGCUUGAAAUUUGGCAUCCAUUUGAUGAAAGGUAUAAGUGUGCAAGCUGUUAAUGCAAACACGCCAAUCUUGGACAUCAAGACGGGAAAACCGUAUAUAGAGGACGGCCGUCAAUGGACAGCACGUGACAUAGGUCUCACUGACAGAACUUGUGCAUGGAUGCCGCAUGGAUUUAUGAGUGUUAACACAGAUACUGGAGCUGGACGGGCCUUUUCAAGAUCUAUUUAUCGACAAUAUGCUGAUUGGGGUGUUGAUUUUGUGAAGGUUGAUUGUAUCUUCGGCACAGAUUAUAGCCCAGAAGAAAUCAUCACUAUUUCCGAGCUAUUGCAAGAGAUUGAUCGUCCGAUCAUCCUGUCCCUCUCACCAGGAACUGAAGUCACUCCAGCUUUAGCUGAGAAUAUUAGUGAUCAUGUUAAUAUGUACAGAAUAACUGGAGAUGAUUGGGAUAACUGGAAUGAUGUGAGCUCACAUUUUUCUGUGUCAAGUUCCUUUGCUGCUGCAAAGAAGAUAGGGGCCACUGGGUUGCGAGGAAGAUCUUGGCCAGACUUAGACAUGCUUCCAUUUGGAUGGCUUACCGAUCCAAGUGUCAAUCAAGGCCCUCACAGGAAAUGUAACCUUACUCUUGAUGAACAGAAAACACAGAUAGCACUUUGGUCAAUGGCUAAAUCGCCUCUCAUGUAUGGAGGAGAUUUGAGACAUCUCGAUGAUAUUACACUAAGCAUAAUUACCAAUCCUAUUUUAUUGAAGAUAAACCACUACAGUAAAAAUAACAUGGAGUUCCAUUAUCUGUACAGUGAAAGGACGUCAAAAAAGGAACAUUCUGUCCACUUUAAGUCACCUUAUCAUGUUGACCUUACAAAGAAUGAUGGAAUGUUUGUUGGUCUCACUGCCUGCAACGAUGAUACAGCUAGUGGAUGGUAUAUGUUUUCACAAGAUGGGAAGCCAAAUCAUAUAUGCAGGAACUAUGAAAUACAGAAUGACAAAAGCAUAUCAUUUUGCCUGGGGAAAGCAAAACCACUUCUUGCAUCGGGUAUCAUUACCAUGGACAACAUGGAACACCAAUUGAAGUUCUGUCUUUCAGUUGGAAAUACCAGUGAUACUUGUUUGGAUGCAUCUGCUGGUCAAAGGCGGACUGCCUCAGAGAUUAGGUUUCCAAUGUUCUCUGCAUGCAGGUGGCAUGCAAAACAGAUGUGGGAGCUAAAUGCGAAUGGAAAUCUUGUGAGCAGCUAUUCAGGAUUGUGUGCCACGGUGAAAUCAAGGAACGAAGGUCCUAAUGAAGCUUGUGCAUGGGUUGCAACUGGAAGUAAAGGAGAAAUCUAUCUUGCAUUCUUCAACCUUGACUCCACGAGCAGGAAGAUGGCUGCACGAAUGUCAGACCUUGGACUAGUUCUCAGAAGAGCAUUGUUGAGAAAACACCUAUGUAGCUGCACUGAAGUUUGGAGCGGGAAGAAUUUCAGUCUCACGAAAGAUGAGAUUUCAGCAGUGGUUAAUCCACAUGCCUCCAUGGUGUUCGAAAUCAUAUGUUGAGAUUGCGGUACUGGAACCCAUAUGUUGAUCAAAUGUAUGUUGGAUAUGGAACCCAUAAAUUGAUAAGCCAGAAAGAUUUUAUAUUAGAAUAGUGAAAAAUAGACAAGGAAAAAAGGAAGGUGAACAGUAUGUUUUGUUUGAUGUCCUAAUUGGACUCGGUGGCUCCUA